AUGUGCGGCCUGGGACUGACUGGCGUCACCAAACUCGAGGUUGACGAAGGCGGAGGCCUCGAUGACACGAUGCCCAUUGACCCUCAGCGCGCAUCGAUGCCGCGCUCUCCCGACCCCGAAGUAGAGAUGGUGGAACUGGCGCUCCGGCCGCCACAGUCACCACGCUUCCCUCCCUCAUCCGCGGUGAACUGGACCCCGCCAGCCCAGCCUGCCACACCGCACUGGUCUCCCUUGCUUCCCGCGUCUCCAACGGCCCUACCGCCCCCACCUCGGCGCCGCCCCGUCUCCACCCAGUCGGAGUUGAUGUCCAUCCGCGAGCCAACCCCCACCCAACCGAGCUUCACUCCGCUAGUCUUCCCCGCCGAACUGGAUCUUGAUGGUGUCCAGUUACUCCGCCAUGCAUCUCUACCCCUCCCACCGCGUUCGCCGAUACUCUCACUGGACGCAAGCACGUUCUCUCAUGCCAACCCCUCCCUAUCUCUGGAGCACCGUACACUGGCGCGCCGCUCCCUCCCCGAAUCCGAGAGCACAUCGCGCACGCUCCACCUCGAGUCCAGGCCACAUGUAAGGCAAUGCGAGCUCGAACGCCGUCUCCCAGCGACAGAAUCCGGAAACCCCGGACUCGCGUCACCCAUCCGCCUCAAGUCACGGCAACCUUAUUUGAGUACAGCUCUCGAGCCAAACGAGCCAGAGACUUUACUGGCACUCGCGUCACCGAUCCACCUACACGAAACGCCAACGCCGUCGCUUGCGCUAGAACCGGAACGCCGUCGCUGUGCAGGCCUCUCCCUCUCAGCCCUGGCGCGGGUGCUGGCCCUCGUCCUCGUCCCCUUCUCGAUGUGGCUAUACUUGUGGCAGCGGGGAACGCUGUCCGCCAGCUCGUCUGUGUCGUCCCUCUCCUGUGAAGAGAGGGAGGAUUGUUCAGAUGAGUCUGAAGAAGAGGAAGAGGAGGCAACGAUCCGCUCCGCUUGGCGCGAGUCGUUGGACCUCAGCCGCUCUACCAGUAUCAGCCUCAGCACAACUCACCGAAACUCGCUCACUGUCCCUCGCGUUGGCGGUGUUGCUAUGAGCCGCGAGGCGAGUUGGGACGGGAGCGCGUAUUCUGGUGCCUUGCCCAAGCCGUCUCCCGGGCUCGUUAGGCGUACGGAAGACGGCCUACUGGUUUGGUAA